AUGCCGCCGGAGCCAUUGCCUUGGGAUCGGAGAGACUUUCGCAAGCACGAGAGAUCCGACCCCACCCGCGUUGGUGCUGCUGGAGCUUUCAGAUGGCGGGACCUGCCGCACCCCCUUCAUCCGCCGCCGCCUCCUACGCAUCAUCCCUACCAUCACCACCACCAGCAACGAUGGUUCUCAGAUUUCCGCUCCCGCCCUCUUCCCCCUGGUCAUGGUAAGCAGGGUGGUUGGCACAUGUAUCCUGAGGAGUCUGUUCGUGGAUUUCCGCCUUUCGUGUCUCGGUUCAAUGAAAGGAAUUUAGAUGACGAGAAAUCUCGGCCCUUUGUGUCUCGUGGCAAUGGAAGAUAUUUCAGAAAUAGCCAGGAAAAUAGGGGGUUCUUUAGCCAGAAAGACUGGAAAGUUAACUCUUGGGAACCUCCUGCAUCACCUAGUAUUCUUGGAAAACUAGAUAAUGAGGUCGAUGAUCAAAGGUCUGUGGGGAAUAUGCAAACAUGCAACAAUGAUAACCACCACCGCAACCACAACAUAAACAACUGUCAUCCUGAUCCAGAUUUUGAGAACUCAUGUGAUCAAUCUCAGAUGAAAAGUCAGCUUGAUGAGAAUGGUAGCAACACUGAUGGAUUGGGCAGCGCUGGUCAGAAAAUAGAGAUAGAGAACUCACUGGGAUCAAUUGAUUGGAAACCCCUAAAAUGGUCCCGUUCAGAAAGCUUGUCUUCCAGAGGUUCUGGUUUUAGCCAUUCAAGCAGUUCCAAGAGCAUGGGAACGGACUCCAAUGAGAUGAAAGCUGAGCUGCAACCAAAGAACGUGAUGCCAGUACAGUCUCCUUCCGGAGAGGCUGCUGCUUGUGUGAAAUCUAUUGUUCCGACUCCAGCCCUGUCUGAAGAGACAAGUUCCAGGAAGAAGCCACGCCUUGGCUGGGGCGAGGGACUGGCAAAGUAUGAGAAGAAGAAUGUGGAUGGCCCUGAAGAUGGUGCAACCAAAGAUGGAUUGGUCAUUAGUGUUAAUAAAACAGAACCUGCACAUACAGACUCUGCAAACGUGGCUAAUAGAAGUCCUAGAGUAGCAGUUUUUCCGAAUGAUUCCUCGCCUGCUACUCCAUCUUCAGUUGCUUGCAGUUCCUCACCAGGUUCCGAGGAGAAACAAUCUGUCAAGGCUGUCAGUGUUGAUCAUGAUGCUUCUAAUUUAAGCUGCUCACAAAGUACUCUGUCACAGCCCAUCUGUCAGGGACCAGCUUUUAAUUUAGAAAAUUUGGAGCCCACGUCUAUUGCUAAUUUGAGCUCUUACAUUAGUGAAUUGUUACAAUCUGAUGAUUCAAGUUCCAUGGAUGCUGGUUUUGUGCGAUCCACUGCUAUAAAAAUGUUGAUGGUAUGGAAAGUUGACACAUUAAAAGCACUCGAGAUGACUGAAACUGAGAUAGACUUGCUUGAAACAGAACUGAAGUCAUCGAUAUCUGAAUCUAGAAUUGGUUGUUCUCAUCCUCCUGUAUCCAGUUCACUGCCCGGAGAAUGCAACUCAAAAAUAUGUGAAGAUCUAGUUGCCAGACCUUGUCCACUGCAGUUUGCUACUAGUGGAAUUAUGAUUAUAGAGAGCACACCUAAUGCAUUGGAAACUGAAUUGAAAGAAGAGAACAUUGAUAGUCCAGGAAGUGCGACAUCCAAGUUUGUUGAGGUGCCUUCUUCUGGGGAAGUUGUUUCCCCUCCCGAUACAGCAAAACAGGUUGAUGGUUUCUUGAAAUUAGAUGUAAAUAAUUGUAGGAAGCUGGAAGACAGUGAUCUAUAUGAUGAGGCAAACGCUAGUGGUAUGCCUGCUCAUGUGGAUGAUUUUCAACCUGUUGUAAGUAGCAGUUGUCUAACUCAGGUUACUGACAACAAUUUACUUGGCAAUGGGGAAGAUAUUUAUAAUUUAAUACUGGCUUCUAACAGAGAUACUGCAAAUAGAGCUUCAGAAGUGCUUAAUAAGUUAUUGGCUGUCAAUCAGUAUCAUUCCAGUGUCUCUUAUUUGCAAUGUGAUCCAAUGAUAGUUAAGAAAAAAUUUCUAAUGAGGAGGCGAUUCCUACAGUUUAAGGAGAAAGUUAUCACUCUCAAGUUCAGGGCAUUUCGACAUUUCUGGAAGGAUGCUCGUCUACUUGCUUCAAUGAAAAUUCUUACAAAGUCUUCCAAGAAGUUAGAUAGAAGGUUUCGCUUUACACGCCAUAGCUCUCAAAACCACCUUCCCUCCGUUAUCCCUCAAUUUUCGUAUCCGAAUGGGAUUUUUCAUGUGUUGCCUGAAGCAGAAGUAAGUGAUUAUGUGAGCAGGUUGCUUUCAAAUUCUCAGAUCAAACUCUAUAGGAAUACGUUGAAGAUGCCUCCUUUAAUUUUGGAUGAAAAGGAGAAGAUGAUAUCAAAGUUUAUUUCCAGUAAUGGUUUGGUAGAAGACCCUUGUGCUGUUGAGAAAGAAAGGUCCAUGAUUAAUCCUUGGACGCCUGAAGAGACGGAAAUUUUCAUCGACAAGCUUGCUGCCUUCGGAAAAGAUUUCAGAAAGAUCGCAUCUUUUCUGGAUCAUAAAACCACAGCAGAUUGCGUUGAGUUCUACUACAAGAAUCACAAGUCUGAUUGCUUUGAAAAAGCAAGAAAGAGGCCAGACUUUGCUAAGCCAAAGAAGUCCCGAUCUACUAAUACAUACUUGGUUGCAUCAGGGAAAAGAUGGAAUCGCGAGGUUAAUGCAGCUUCAGCUAUUGCGGCUAAUGUUAUUGAUGGUGUAGAAAUUCGGCAGAAUCUCUCAUCAAGACACUUUUACGGUGGUUCUAGCAAAGUACUGAGGAUUGAUGAUGGUUCAUUAGGGCAAUGGACCAAUCUUGAUGUCUAUAAUGAUGACAGAGAAACUGUGGCUGCUGAUGUGUUGGCUGGUAUCUGUGGCUCCUUAUCAUCAGAAGUGAUGGGUUCUUGCAUAACGAGUUCUGUUGACUUUGGAGAGGGCUAUCAGGACUGGAGGUAUCACAGAGUGGGUUCUUCCACAAGGCAACCUUUAACCCCUGAAGUUACACAGAAUGUCAGUGGUGAAUGUUCAGAUGAGAGCUGUGAGGAGACGGAACCUACUGAUUGGACUGAUGAGGAGAAGUCCAUCUUCAUUCAGGCCUUGUCAUCUUACGGAAAGGAUUUUGCUAUGAUUUCACGAUGUGUUCGAACAAGAUCCAGGGAUCAAUGCAAGGUCUACUUUAGCAAGGCCCGGAAGUGUCUUGGAUUGGAUCGGAUUCAUCCUUCACCCUGCAAUGUAGUGUCUGGUGAUGUUAAUGGAGGUGGCAGUGACGCAGAAGGUGCUUGUGUUGUGCAGACUGGCUCAGUUAUCUGCAGUGAGAAAUCAAGAUGUAAGAUGGAAGAGGACCUUCUAUCUCCUGAUGUGAAGUUGAGCAGCGAAUCUGAUCAUGUAGGAACAGUGAAUUUGAAACCCGAUGUUAACAAAUAUGAGAAUUAUAAUGGAAUAGCAUCUCAGGAUUCUAUAGGUACUGAACCUAUGUUAAAGAAUUCUGCACCUACUGCUUGUCAGGUGGAUAAUAAGCCAGAUCUAGACUUUGAUGUGGGAAGCAAGGAACAAAAUGGUGUUAAUAGUGGGUCUGCAGCUGCUGUAGAAUAUAAAAAUGAUGUAUCCUCAAAUGAAGUAGCUGGGAAAGUUAUUGAAGAGGCAAAUGACCAUGCGUCGCCAAAUAGAUCGAGUAGUGAGGCUGAGAAUUCAGUUUUGCUCAAGGUUCCUAAUUGGCAUACUGGGACAGGAAAUGAAGGACAAGGACACCUGUUACCUGAAGGUAGUUUGAAUGAUAAGAAAAUCGAAAAUAGGCCUCCUGCUUCUGGAGAAAUGAAUAGCCUAAGCUGCUCAAUGAGAGAGAGGAGCCAUGAGCCCCAGCCAUCAGCAAACCCUUCUCAUCGUUUUGCUGACAUGCAUUCUUCACAUGUCAACGUUGUAUCUGGACGCCAAAAGAAGGCCGACUUGGAAAGCUCUUCCGCAGAGAACUCUUGCACCAUUACUUUGCCGCAGAGGGAUUGCUUAGCACCCGUGAUUUCGUUGGCGCGAUUUUCUACUCCAACUGAAGUCUCACCAUCAGCCACUGGUGCCAAUGGGAUUAAAGAUGAGCAGGGUCAAGAGUCUGUUUCUGCAGGUGAUCGUCAUCAACAUUCUGGGCGUUCAUUAUUGGACCAUGUUGAAUCUUCCCAGAUUCUCCAGGGUUAUCCUUUAUCAGUUUCAACAAUGAAAGAGAGGAAUGGCAGUAUGGAUUGCAAAAGACCCAUUUUACUUAAAAGAGCCCCCAAGUCAGAUGGCAAUUUUCAUCCAGAUAGGCAUUCUGAGUUUUAUCUUCAGAAAUGCAAGAGUUUGAGAAAUCAUAUUUCAGUUUCUGAGGCUUCACUUCCAUCCCAAGAACAGAUCAAAGAUCAUUAUAGACCUAAAUCUGGCAGUUCAACAGAUUCUGGAAAACCUUGCGGAAAUGGUGAUGUGAAAUUGUUUGGUAAAAUUUUAAUCUCCUCCGAGCAGAAACCAAUUUCUAGUAUACAGGAGAGUGAUGAUAAUAAGACUCACCAUCAUAAAGCAGGUACCCAGUCAUUCAAUCUGACACUAUUGGGUGAUAGGAGUGCUGAUUUCAAUUCAGAUAAAGUCCUGUUUGAACAUUACAAUUGUUUGGGUUCUGAGCAUAUUCCUGUCAGGAAUUUUGUUCUCUGCGAUGGAAGCAGAUCGCAAAUUGGUUUUCCUAAUUUACCCGAUUCUAAUCUCCUGCUGACUAAGUAUCCUGAUGCAUUUAGUAAUUGUGCCACACCCUCAGCCAAAUUGGAGCGAGCUGUUAUGAGCAAUCGCCAUAGUUUGAAUGGUACCUGUGUUUAUUCAACUAGAGAACCAAGUAGCAGCAAUGGAGGAGCUGAUUAUCAUGUGUCAAGGAAUCAAGAAGUUCAGCCUUUUAGCAUGGAUAUGAAGCGGCGGCAGGAUUUAUAUGCUGAGAUGCAAAGAAGAAACGGGUUUGAUGUUGUUUCAGGAAUGCAACAGCAAGCAAGAGGGACGGUUGGUAUCAACGUUGUUGGAGGGGGUGGGGUUCUUGUUGGAGGCCAAUCUACCGCUGUUUCCGAUCCCAUGGCGGUCAUCAAAAUGCACUAUGCUAAGGCCGAACAAUUUGGUCUGCAGAACAUCAUCAUAGAGGAUGAUUCUUGGAGAAGCAAAGGGGAUGUAGACAGUAAACCUCAAGGUUUAGGUUACAAUUUGAUUUCAGGUGUGGCACCAUUGUCUGGAGCAGUCACUCCCAUUCAUAUGGUAAAGUUCUUUGCUUGA